AAACACUGCAAGAAGAAAGAAGUCACAUUCUUUGUCUUGCAGCUGCUUUUUACACACUUCUCUGCAAAGAGAACAUUCUUUGGAAUCCAACAAAAGAAUCCAGAGCCUUGAAGAUGAACACUGAAGCAGGAGAAAGAGGAAACACAGCUGCUCCUCCAAAGUUUAAGCAGAAAGAAACGAGGCAGUUCAAGAGCAAAGCUCCUAAAGCUGGACAGAAGGGAUUUGACAAUGAUGUUCCAGGGAUGGAGGGUCUUGGAGACUCUGCAGUAGUUUGUCCCUGGGAGGCGUUUGGUGACAUGGAGCUCAGCGACUUGGCUCAGUUUGGCAUCGUCUGAACUCCCAGCGUGGUUUUAUAAUCACUGGUACCUCAGUUUUCGUUAGUGAUCCGUUCCAAAACAACCAAAGACAUUUGUGUUCCAGAAACCCAAACAUGUAACCCUACAGAACAGUCUAAAAAGAAGAGUACAUUUUACUUGCAGAAAACAAUGUUGAAUAGAUAUAAGCCAUGAAUGAAAUCUGGAAAAUGAACAUCUAACAUCACGUUUACAAUAUUAAACACUCAUGUUGGCAAAGACCAAGAUGAGCAUAGAAGGAGGAAGUACCUUCAUAUUUUACUACAACUUCUAUCAUGAAUUCACUCGUGUUUCUCACCUUUGUUAUCAAAGUGCUGUCACUCUCAACUUUUUUCUGGUCCCAGGGGGAUUAUUUUGCAUUCAUACUAAUUAAAGUACAGAGACGAAGUCCCCCAACAUUUGAAUUCUUUUUUUGGACAUUCCAUUCUGAGUUUGUUUGGUGCUAUGUUUAUAACCUCGAUACAAAGAAGUAAAACUUGGGCAUACGUAUUCGUCACAAGAGUGGGUGAACGAAAACUGAGGUAUCACUGCACAUUAUGUAUGUAUAUGUACUGUACAGUAGAAAUGUAGAUCACAGAAGCUUUUCUCACACAAAAUGUAUGUAUGUAAUUUAUUUGCGCUAUUAAAAUAUCUACUUCUCAACGUCUACCAAUCUUCAUCAACUUAUCCUUCCAAUAAUAUUUCUAAACUUCAACAGUUCAGUUUUAUUUAUUUGCUUUCCAAAGUAAUGGGGUUUUUUUUUUGCAUUUACUCAAUGUUUUCUUCCAGUGAUUAUAUUAUCAGCAACCAUUCAUACGAAUGAAUUGUUAGUAAACAUUAUUUGGAAAAGAAAGGAGUCUACCAUAGAAGUGCUGCAC